AGGCCCAUUAGCUCAGUCAAAUAAAAAAAAACAGCAGCUUCCACUUUGACCCUUUGAUCAGAAACAACAAGAUAGAGUCGUCGCACUGAUCUCAACUCACCGGAAAACGUUGCCGGAGUUGAUCCUCAGCUACCGGAAACAGACAGAAACACCGCCACAAGGUGGAAGAUAUUUAGACAGAGAUACAGAAUUUCGUGAUAAGGAAUGGAGUUUUUGUGUUUAAUUGUGACUUUCGCUGUGACUUUGAUGUUAGGGUUUUUCUUGGUCAUCUUUGUUGAAGCUUAUAGAAGAAGAAAUAAUCAUCAGCACAUUGAAGUUCCGGCGAUUUUUGAGGAUCCUAAUUCAUUGACUCAGGUUCCUUGUCCACAUGUUGUUGAUCCUGCCUCAAAGUACAUCUCUUUGAUAAUUCCUGCAUACAAUGAGGAGCAUAGGCUUCCAGGUGCCCUUGAGGAAACUAUGAUUUAUCUGCAACAUCGUGCUUCAAAGGAUCCUUCAUUUUCAUACGAGGUUGUAAUUGUUGAUGAUGGAAGUGUCGAUGGGACAAAAAGAGUAGCUUUUGAAUUUGUAAGAAAAUACACAGUAGACAAAGUAAGGGUCAUCCUUCUUGGAAGAAAUCAUGGCAAGGGAGAAGCAAUCAGAAAAGGAAUGUUACACUCACGCGGUGAACUACUUCUCAUGCUUGACGCAGAUGGAGCAACCAAGAUCACCGACCUAGAAAAACUUGAAAAUCAGAUUCGAGCUGUUGCUAAAAAGGAUGGCGAUUCCAGUGGUAGUGAUUCUAGCUUUAGAAUGUCUGACACCCCUGUUGUUGUAUUUGGUUCACGAGCUCAUCUAGAGGAGAAAGCUUUGGCUACAAGGAAGUGGUACCGUAAUUUUUUGAUGAAGGGGUUCCAUCUUGUGGUUCUAUUGGCUGCUGGUCCUGGAAUUCGUGAUACACAGUGUGGUUUCAAGAUGUUUACUAGGGCUGCAGCUAGGAAACUCUUUUCAAAUGUCCGUUUGAAAAGGUGGUGCUUUGAUGUUGAAUUAGUCUUUUUGUGUAAGUGGUUUCGGAUCCCAAUUUCGGAGAUUUCUGUAAUUUGGUCUGAGAUCCCGGGAUCAAAGGUGAACCUUCUGAGUAUACCAAACAUGGUUUGGGAGCUUCUGCUCAUGUCUGUAGGUUACAGGAUUGGCGUAUGGAGAAUUUCUAAUUCCACAUGAACUUCAAUGAUCAAUUUUAGGAAGAAAAAUGGCAUUUUCAUAUCCAAAGAGUGACAUCAUAAUGACACAUUUGAAGUUUGUAGGACUAACCAUAAUCUUCCGGAUUGUGCUGUUCAGAUCGGGUCAUUGAGGGUUUGGGUUUUUUAAUUUUUUACUGUUAUUUAUACUAGAUAAAUGUAUUAAAGAAUCUUUAGUUACCAUCGACUGAGAAAAGCAUCUGAUCACAAGUUUGUAUUUCUUUUCUUAUUAACAUAGUCUACAUAUAACAUUUCAUUCCUUAGGCCAUUUGAAAAAAAAAUGUCCAACACUGGUGAGUUAUUUUGAUGCUUUCUGUGCUCAUCAUUCUGGGGUAGUAAAUGUUUCGACUGUCUGUACUCUGUAGACUGUUGCACUUCAUGUUAAAGACGCUGCUUAUUGCUUUCAUAUAACAAUAAGCCGCAUGAUUAUCUUUUGGGUUGUUAAUUGUAUGAUACACAAACAAUAUACGAUUGAUUUAUGGGUUUAUUAGUUUUGUAAUCCCAUUUUUUA